GGGGAGGGUUGCGGGGAGCAAGCAAAGAAAGAUCAAAAAAAAAAAAAAAAAAGCACAGAAUUCAAUUGAAUCUGGGACGCCCACGACGCAUUCAUUAUAUUCUCCUGACAGCCGUGCUUACGUAUACAAGGAAACAAGGUGCAGGAUGGGGGGAUGCAAGCAUGAACUGUUCCUACCUACAUUGUACAUUGCACAUUGUAUUCCAUCUAAAGCAAGGGAUGGGAUGGGGAAGGGAACGUCAACCGGUUUUCGACGGAGAUAACUUGUUUUUUGGCGCGUGUCUUGCGUUCCCAUGUCUGUGCUUGGGCGGGGGGGUUAGAUGUGUUAUAUUGUUCGGAGGGUUUGGAGGUGUGUGUGCAUUGGGUGCGUUGGGCUUUUUGAAGGGUGAGAACUUUGGGACAGGUUCAAAUCCCGAAGGAAGAGAUAGGUCUGAUGAGGGGGUUGGGGUUUUGGGAGGUGUGUUGGGUGCGCAGAGAGAGAGAAUGUGUGUGUCUGUGUGUGUGUGUGUGCUGGGCGGAGGUUGACUUUCCUUGUGGAUGGUCAGGAGCUUUAUGGAGGGUUGAGCGUACUGACUGUGUAGCGUUUGCAUGUCACGAAGUAAGUAAGUAGGUAGGUAGGUAGGUAGACAGACAAGCUUAUACGUGAUCGCUUUCGACUCGGUGGCUUGGGAUACGAUUAGAGAGAACUAUGGGUUACUACGGAAUAUAACUUCGACUUAAUACCCC